CUAUCGAUUGCAAAAUCAGCUGAUGCACCGCCCUGCCUUGUAUCUUUAGAUUGUUUUUAUUGUUGAUUUCGCCUGGAAAACGCCACAAAAUAACACGAUGAAGAAAAAGGUAUUGCUGAUGGGAAAAAGCGGUUCUGGCAAAACCAGUAUGCGUUCCAUUAUCUUUGCCAACUAUAUAGCCCGUGAUACGACACGCCUCGGAGCAACAAUCGACGUGGAGCACUCGCAUGUGCGGUUUCUCGGCAACCUAGUCUUGAAUCUGUGGGAUUGCGGUGGGCAGGAGGGUUUCAUGAAGCAGUACUUUGCCUCGCAACGUGACAACAUAUUUCGAAAUGUGGAGGUGCUCAUCUACGUCUUUGAUGUGGAGAGCCAGGAAAUGGAGCGCGACGUCCACUACUACCAAAGCUGCUUGGAGGCACUGCUUCAAAACUCACCCGAGGCGAAGAUUUUCUGCCUGGUGCACAAAAUGGAUCUGGUGCCGGAGGAGCAUCGCGAAGGUGUGUUCAAGGAUCGCGAAGACGACCUCAUUCGGUUGUCGAAACCAGGUAACGUUACCUGUUUCCGCACAAGCAUUUGGGAUGAAACUUUAUACAAAGCCUGGUCUUCCAUCGUCACCAUGCUGAUACCGAAUGUGGCAGCUCUGGAGAACUCUGUGACUCACUUCGCCAACGUUAUCGAGGCUGACGAGGUGCUGUUGUUCGAGAAAGCCACCUUCUUGGUGAUCUCCCACUGUCAGAGCAAGAAAAAUCGCGAUUCGCAUCGCUUCGAGAAGGUCUCCAAUAUAAUUAAGCAAUUCAAGCUGAGCUGCUCGAAACUGGGCGCCAAAUUCCAGUCGAUGGAGGUGCGAAACAGCGCAUUUGCUGCAUUCAUUGACACAUUCACCAGCAACACAUACGUAAUGGUGGUCAUGUCGGAUCCCACGUUGCCCUCGGAGGCCACAUUGGUAAACAUACGGAAUGCCCGCAAGUACUUCGAGGAGCUGGAGAACCCAAACAACAGUGCCAUGAACCACCACGGACACAAGUACCAUUGAUGGUGAUGUCCACUCCGAUGUACUUUCCGUUAUCCAAACCCCGAGUUAUCCGUUCGAAAAGACAAAAACCGUCUGUUGUGCACACAUCGAAGCGCCCAAGGUGCCAGCUUAAAGUCUUACCGCUUCCCAUAACUAUAAAAUAUGUAUAAUGUACGUGAAUACCGCUCCCUUACUGAUAUAGCUCGUUUUCCGAAAUUUUUACCCCACAUUUGGCCCCGUUAAUUGCUUAAUUUCUUAUAUAUUCAGUGUGUUACAAAAGCAGUACAGUAAGCGAGCGAUAUUUAGCCAUCUCUUUCGUUGAUUUUUCCUAGAUUUGUAAGUUGAAACCUUCGUAGGCCUUAAGUUUAUAUACAAAAACUAUUACAUACAUAUAAAUACACAAAACAAUCCUAAACAA